GGUUUCCAGUAUUGCUCUGCUUGCCAUUUUCCCUUGCAAAGCGAUCGGAAACGACACUGAAUCCGUUCGUGAGCUGACCAUAUACUGAAAGAAGCAAUGGACCUCGACAAGCCCAAGAAGCAGUUCAAGUCACAGUCGGUAAACAACCUGUUUAGACAACAGGCCCAUGUUGCAGAGGCACAGAAGGAGGACGUGGUGAAGAGGAAGGUGUCCGUGAACGGUGGCGGUGGGACCAAACUGAAAUUGUUGUCGAAGAAGGGUAGGACGGUAGUGCUGACAAGCAGGAAGUCUUCAUCAUCUGGCUCGUCGAUAGCAAGGGUUAACGUUGAAAACGGGACUGUUGAUCCGACCAGCCACUUUGGAGAGGCUAAUAGCGUACAGCAGCCGCUGGCUCCAGAGGCACAGUAUAGAGAAUCAGCAUCCAAUGUCACUCAUUCAGCGUCGGAAUCUCCUCAGUUACAAUGCACAGACGAAGAGAGCGAGCCAUAUACGUUGCUGAAGUCUUCAGAGGACAAGAGUUGGACAGACUUGCCAGGGCGUAUCAAUUCCGAGAACUCUGGUGCGACAAAGCUUCAGCUAGAUAGGGUCUCGACAUACUCUGGUGACUCUUCUUGGGUCUCGCCGAACUCAAAGCUCUCCAGUUUCAGAAAAAGUCAUGGUGGUGCACCUUCGUUCCCGUCUUUAACAAGGUCUCCCCUUUCAAAACCGACAGAGUCCCAAUCUCGUCUAUUCACCGACUUUAGAGUCUCUGAGCCUAGGGCCAAUACACUCGUUGAGCAGAGAAACUGGAGCUCGCCGAAUAUAUGGAAUACGGAGGACCGAAGCUUGUCAACAAAGAGUGAUUCUGCAAUACCCUGGUCACCUUUUGACAUUGAAAGUCUGAACCUUGACGAUUCGUUGACGUCUCCAUCACCUGUGAGCAACACCAACAACGGCUCCCCGUAUGAGUCUGCGAGUCGUAGUGGAUCGAAGACGUCGAGGUUUUUCCCUUCUCCCAUGGUGGAACAGAAUCCUUCGUUUGAUCAGUAUCCACAACAGGUGACCACUGUGUUUGAUCCAUUUUUCAUGAAGCCAUCACAGAUACCACAGUUUGAGUCCACACCUCCAGUGCAAUCACCACUAUACAUGCCCCAAGCAUCACCUUUUAUUUCACAGCUACAAUCACAGCCACAUUCACAGUUACAGCUAGAAACCAAUGUUGACGUCAAGACACCAGAGGAGUCCAUCUCGCCAACUCAGACGGACCACAUUAGUGGAGACAGCAUGUAUCGUACACAGCACACUGAAUAUGAGCUGUUCCCAGAGCAUUUCCACACAGGCGGGCCUGUACCUAUCCAACUUUACAACUCCCAUGACUAUUACGGCAUGGACUCCACCGCUGAUGUCUACCAGCCACAACGCCGGAGUAACUACAUCGAACCACAGGUUUAUCCAGAGGGAUUUGCAUCGACUUUCUAUAAGAGAGGGGCAAAUAACUUCAUGUUCAUUAGAGAAUUACAACCAAAGCUGGUCACCUCCAAGCAUAGGGAUACCGUUGAAGUUCGGGUAUCCUUCCCUACGGCAGUCAAGGACACCGACGAGGACCUGAAUGCCCUCAUAAAGAUGAGAUGCCACAUUGUCAACGUUGAUGUUCGUGAGCUAGAAGGACGUAUCGGCGGCAUCAAAGUGUCGAAGCCCGCUAACGGCUCCACUAGGGGAAAAUACCACGGACCACGAGGUUCCUAUAGAGGAUCCUAUAACAGCAAGAGGCAAUGAGCCCUUGCCACCAUCUACACACAUAGAAAUUGCAUACUCUUUACACAUCACGUGGAUCGCUAUGUCUCAU